CAUAAACAAACCCGUUCCUGUGCGGGAUAAAAAUGUCUGCCACGGGAGCCGGGCCGGGCCGGUUGGUCCAGUAUGUUGUAGUCCGGUCGGACCUGGUUCACAAGCUGUCCUGGCCUCUGGGAGCCGUUAUAACUCAGGCCUGUCACGCCGCUACCGCCGCCGUCCACCUUCACUACGGAGACCCGGACACACAGCGGUACCUGGCGGAGCUCGACUCCAUGCACAAAGUGGUGCUCGGGGCUCCAGACGAGGCCGCCCUCUCCGGUCUAUCAGAGACUCUGACGCAGGCUGGUGUGGCCCACAAACUCUGGAUCGAGCAACCAGAGAACAUCCCCACCUGCCUGGCUCUGAAGCCGUGUCUAAAAGAGACUGUCCAGCCACUGCUGCGCAAGUUCAAACUCUUCAAAUGACCCCUGAAAGACGUUGUCCGUCUAUAAACUACAGACGAAUACUGUCAUUUCAUGUGUAAAAGGACAUCUGACAGUGGGGCUCUUCCUGUGGGGGCCGCAGUAUCUGUUAGUGCUGAUUUCCAAGAUUAAAGACAGGAAAUAUGUUAUUUUCUGCAUUAAAUUGUUGCUAAUUAAGAAGUGAGAGUCAUUAAGCUACAGCAUGUUAACACAACCAAUCAGGUGAGUUGUAAAAAGUUAAAUAAAAUGAAUAAUGGUUUGAAUUGUAGCCACAAAAAAGGUUCUAAAGCGGUUUUAAAAAAUCUGUUAAUAUAUACAGUAAAUAAAUCAUCCUUGUUCAAUACAUUGGAAUUAAAAAUGUGUUAUCAUGUUGUUGCCAAUCCUCAACUUAAGGCUGGAAAAGUAUCUGCUUUGUCAUGUUUUUCUGACUCACUGAGUUAAUGUAAAACACUUUAAUUUCCUUUUAUCCAGUUGUGUAAAAGUCUAGACUUGUUUCUACUUUAAAAGGACUUUUAAAAACUGUCUUUCUUUUGUUAAUCAUGUUUAAUUUCUUGGUUGGAAAAUGACACAGAAGACACAAAAGAUCUGCUUGAACCAUAAGAGACUUGAAGUAUUAAAUUAAGAAUAUGUGCAGA